CUUUGUGUGAAGAAGUUGUCAGUGAAUGUGCAGACUGCAACUGGACUUUCAUAUAAUUGUUCUCUCUAAGCUUCUGGUUCUUGUGAAGUUCUCUCCCUCUUUUCCCAACCCCCCGUUUACCUACCGCUGUCUUAUUUCUCCCCACUUUAUCAUUCGCAACUCCUCCCAGUUUCAGCCUGGUCUGAGAGUAUCCUGGACAUACGUACCUGCUCUUACCUCCAGUGAAAUAUCUCUGGUUGGUAUAAUUCUGUCAUAAGCGCGGCAAGAUGUCAUCUCUCUGUCUGAAUCGCCUCACAGAGGAGCGCAAACAGUGGCGCAAAGAUCACCCCUAUGGAUUUUAUGCGAAGCCUUAUCGCACACCGCAAGGAGCGCUGGACAUGAAGCGAUGGGAGUGUGGCAUUCCGGGCAAGGAGAACACGAUUUGGCAUGGUGGUUUGUUCAAGUUGGACAUGAUUUUUCCUGAUGAGUACCCUACGAAACCUCCUAAAUGCAAAUUCGUUCCCCCGCUCUUUCACCCCAAUGUUUACCCUUCUGGUACCGUUUGCCUGUCGAUCCUAAACGAGGAAGAGGCGUGGAGGCCAGCGAUUACAAUCAAACAGAUUCUUCUUGGCGUUCAGGAUCUGCUGGAUGAUCCGAAUCCCGAAUCGCCCGCGCAGGCCGACGCCUAUAAUCUCUUCAAGAAAGACCGCGCCGCGUACGAGAAGAAGGUCAAGCAGGUCGUCAGGGAGAAUCCUCCGCUUUAGACCAGGCUUGAUUUCUCUCCUUUUGUUGCCGGUGUGAAU